AUGGAGGCUGGUUCGGAGUUUUCCAGCGAGAUGGAGCCUAUGGAUCCACAGAGGGCCAAGUGGCUUCGGGAAGCGCUAGAAUCAAUGACUGUCGAUUUGGCUUCUGAGAUGCGGAAGAGGAUUGUUACCAUCAUUCAAAACAUCUCUUCUUCUGAUUUCGACGGUGUAAUGGAGGAUACCGCCUCGGCUCUGGAUGAUCUUAUUGACUUCACAGAGGACAUGAACUUAGCGGAUAUUUUUCUGAAGAUAGGCGGGCUUGAGCUUCUCAAAGCCUUGUUCAACCUUCCUACUAAUGUUUUCUCCGCACAGACUGGAAUGCUUCUCUCCAAUAUUGUACAAAACCACGAAGAGGCCCAGAAAGUGGCAAUAAAUGAGGGUUUUCUGGAAAUCUCCAUGCAGCUACUUUUGAAAGAACGGGAUCCAACUAACAUGAGUGGAUUGCUUUCGGGAAUUUCGUCGCUGGUUCGAAGUUGUGCAUUUUCUCAAAAGCAUUUUAUCCAAAAGAAGGGCUUUGAGAGUUUAUUUGUGGUUCUGGAAACGACCUGUCAACCCAACGAACAAAACAAGUAUGAGCGCUUUAAUGAAAAGACAUCUUUCUUUAUCUUCUGCCUAUGCCAAGAACUCUUCGACGAACAGCUAGGACACCCAAACACACCGAAAAAUACCGCCCUCAAACCACUCAGGCGAAAACGCAUAUGCGCGAUUCCCAAAUCGGGCGUCCUCAGUCUAGUGUGGAUAACCUUGAGCUGA